ACUCCCCACACCUUUCCUGGAUCGCCUCCGGAGCCCUGGGCAGAAUGUGCCCCUCUCCAGUCCAGUGACCUUUGCCUGUCUGAGCCCUGGUUAAUUUUUGCCCACUCUGCUGGCUCUGGGGCUCCUCCCUCUAGGGGAUAUAAGCCUGGUCAGAGGCUGCUCCGUUCCCUGCCUGUCCUGAGCUACCCGGAGCUCCCGCUCUCACUGCACCCUCGCCAUGGCCAAGGGCUUCUACAUUUCCAAGUCCCUGGGCAUCCUGUGCCUCCUCCUGGGCGUGGCAGCCGUGUGCACCAUCAUCGCCCUGUCCGUGGUGUACUCCCAGGAGAAGAACAAGAAUGCGGGGAGCUCCGGCUCGGGGGUCCCCACAUUGGCUCCCACAAGCCCCGGCACCACCCCGGCCACCACCUUGGACCAAAGCAAAGCGUGGAACAGACUCCGCUUACCCGAGACGCUGAUGCCUGACUCCUAUAGCCUGAGGCUGAGGCCCUACUUCACCCCCAACGCCCAGGGCCUGUACAUCUUCACGGGCAACAGCACUGUUCGCUUUACCUGCAAGGAGGCCACGGACCUCAUCAUCAUCCACAGCAAGAAGCUCAACUACACCACCCCCCAGGGGCACUACGUGGUCCUGCGGGGCGUGGAGGGCUCCCAGCCCCCCGGCAUCGACCGCACCGAGCUGGUGGAGGCCACCGAGUACCUGGUGGUGCACCUGAAAGGCCUCCUGGAGGUGGGCAGGCAGUACGAGAUGGACACCGAGUUUCAGGGGGAGCUGGCGGACGACCUGGCAGGCUUCUACCGCAGCGAGUACAUGGACGGGGACGUCAAAAAGGUGGUGGCCACCACACAGAUGCAGGCUGCGGACGCCCGGAAAUCCUUCCCGUGCUUUGACGAGCCGGCCAUGAAGGCCACGUUUAACAUCACGCUCAUCCAUCCCCCAAACUUUGUUGCUCUGUCCAACAUGCUGCCCACAGGUCCCAGCGUCCCAUUUCCUGAAGACCCCACCUGGAACAUCACCGAGUUCCAGCCUACACCCAAGAUGUCCACCUACCUUCUGGCCUACAUCGUCAGCGAGUUCACCGCUGUGCAGAUGGAUUCGUCCAACAAUGUCCUGAUCCGAAUCUGGGCUCGGCCCAACGCAACCACAGCGGGCCACAGCCAAUACGCCCUGAACGUCACAGGCCCCAUCCUUGACUUCUUUACCAAACAUUAUAACACAGAUUACCCGCUCCCCAAAUCCGAUCAGGUCGCCCUGCCGGACUUCAACGCCGGCGCCAUGGAGAACUGGGGGCUGGUGACCUACCGGGAGAACGCCCUGCUGUUCGACCCGCAGUCCUCCUCCAGCAGCAACAAGGAGCGGGUGGUCACGGUGAUCGCGCACGAGCUGGCCCACCAGUGGUUUGGGAACCUGGUCACCUUGGACUGGUGGAACGACCUGUGGCUGAAUGAAGGCUUCGCCUCCUACGUGGAGUACCUGGGUGCUGAUUAUGCAGAACCCGGCUGGAACCUGAAGGACCUCAUAGUGCUGAACGAGGUGUACAACGUGAUGGCCGUGGACGCACUGACCUCCUCUCACCCCCUGUCUACCCCGGCUGAAGAGGUCAACACACCGGCCCAGAUCAGCGAGCAGUUUGACUCCAUCGCCUACAGCAAGGGAGCCUCGGUCCUCAGGAUGCUCUCCAGUUUCCUCACUGAGGACCUAUUCAAGGAGGGCCUGGCGUCCUACCUGCAUUUCUUUUCCUACAAAAACACCAUCUACCGGGACCUGUGGACUCACCUGCAGCAGGCUGUGGACAACCAGACGGUCAUCCAGCUUCCCGACUCUGUGAGUACCAUCAUGGACCGCUGGACGCUGCAGAUGGGCUUCCCCGUCGUCACCGUGGACACCGCCCAGGGCACCAUCUCCCAGAAGCACUUCCUCCUCGACCCCGAUUCCACUGUCACCCGCCCCUCAGAGUUCAACUACCUGUGGAUUGUGCCCGUCUCAUCUAUCAAAAAUGGCGUAGAGCAGAAUAACUACUGGCUGCAUGGUGUAGAGAGUGCCCAGAACGAUCUUUUCAAGGGGGCUGCUGAUGACUGGAUCCUGCUGAACAUCAAUGUGACAGGCUAUUACCUGGUGAACUAUGACAACGAAAACUGGAGGAAGAUUCAGGCUCAGCUGCAGUCAGACCGUUCGGUCAUUCCUGUCAUCAACCGGGCACAGAUCAUCAACGAUGCCUUCAACCUGGCCAGUGCUCAAAUAGUCCCUGUCACCCUGGCGCUGAACAACACCCUCUUCCUGAGCCAAGAGACAGAAUAUAUGCCCUGGGAGGCUGCUCUUAGCAGCCUCAGCUACUUCAGGCUCAUGUUCGACCGCUCCGAGGUUUAUGGCCCCAUGAAGAACUACCUAAAGAAGCAGGUCUUGCCUCUCUUCAACUACUUCCGAGAUCUUACCAGUAACUGGACUGAUCACCCAAAAAACCUGAUGGAGCAGUACAACGAAAUCAAUGCCGUCAGCACUGCCUGCUCCAAUGGGGUUCCUGAGUGUAAGGAGCUGGUCUCCAAACUUUUCGCCCAGUGGAUGGCAAAUCCCGAUAACAACACGAUCUACCCUGACCUGCGGUCCACAGUCUACUGCAAUGCUAUCGCCCUGGGUGGUGAGGAGGAGUGGGACUUUGCCUGGGAGCAGUUCCGAAAGGCCACGCUGGUAAAUGAGGCUGACAAGCUCCGAGCAGCCCUGGCCUGCAGCGAGGACGUGUGGAUCCUGAACAGGUACCUGAGUUACACCCUGAACUCCAGUCUCAUCCGGAAGCAGGAUGCCACCUCCACCAUCAACAGCAUCGCCAACAACGUCAUCGGACAAAGCCUGGUCUGGGAUUUUGUCCGGAGCAACUGGAGGAGGCUCUUUGAGGAUUUCGGCGGGGGUUCUUUCUCCUUCUCCAACCUCAUCAGGGCAGUGACGCGGCGAUUCUCCACCGAGUUUGAGCUGCAGCAGCUGGAGCAGUUCAAGAGUGACAACAUGGACAUUGGCUUUGGCUCUGGCACCCGGGCCCUGGAGCAAGCCCUGGAGAAGACGAAAGCCAAUAUCAAAUGGGUGAAUAAGAACAAGGAGGAGGUGCUCAGGUGGUUCACAGAACACAGCUAAUAAUCCUUGGUCCUUAAAGCCCCGUGCUCCCUGUGUGAGAUGCCCAGUGCGUCUGUCCCAAUGGCCCCCAGCAGGGCCCCCAUCCCCAGAGCCUGAGCCUCCAGUGUCCUCCCUGAAAGGACAAAGUCUCCGGCCUGAUGUCCAAGCACCUCCCGGACCCCGCCCGUCAUACCACCCCACCAUGGCCCUGGCACCCAAUGUCCAGGGCCUUGGGACUGAUCUCAGGGAAGCCCAGCGCCAGGGCCGGAGGAGCAGAGCCCUUGAUGGACGGCCUUGGAGGGAUCAGAGGCCGCCCUGUGCCUUCUCCCACCUUCCCUUUCCCACAAAGACCUUGGAACCUGUGAAAACAGCAGGGCGCCAGAUCUGUAUUUUUUUUUUUUCCUGGGCGCCAGAUCUGUAUUUUUUUUUCUAAGAGAAAAUGCAAAUAAAGGAUUUCUAGAUGAGCUUCUUGGCUCAUCUCUAAACUAAA